CCUCACCCUCACCUUAUACUCACUUAGCAGCCACAAAGACCUACAGCCCCUCACAGCCUCUGUGCACAGGUUUAUUGUGACUUAAACAACAGUUCACAACACUCUGAGAUGGAGUUUCUCGGUGUCCGACAGCCUGUCACCUGUUUUUGGGAGGAAAAGUAUCAGAUGCUGGAGCUGAACCAGCGUCUUGAAUCAUACUUAGGCCGUGUGAAGCUUCUGGAAGAGGAAAACAACCUACUACGAGAAGAGAUCCACACUCUCAAGAAGAGCAGUGAUUCAUCAGGCCAGCGCAGAGCACAAGAGGAAGCACUUAGACAGGCCAGGAGGAUGAUGGAGGAGGCCUGGAGGGAGAAAUACCAUGCAGAGCUGGAGGUGGAGAACUUGAUUGAAGAUAUGGAAAAGGUGGGCAUUCGAAGACAGAAAGAGAAAAUGGCACAGGGUGAAGUGCAGAGAAGACUUGCAGAGAGUAAAAAGGAGCUAGAAGAGGAGCAGAGAGCUCAGAUUUGGCUUAGAGAGAAGGUUGCCCAUCUUGAAAGCGAGCUUCUGCUACAGGUGCAAGUCCACCAGGAGAACAUGGAAACCUUACAGGCCUCUCUGCAACAGACAAAACAAGUCUUAAUGGCCCCUCAGCCCACACAAAUUCCCAGCAUCCUAGACCUGGGACAGGAGUACAGCCAUAGAGCAGCUGAAGCAUGGCAGGAGGCAACCACAAACUAUCAGAGACAGGUUGGACGCCUGGAGGAAAGUCUAAAUCAGGCCAAAGCUAACAUGGCAAAGAUUCACCAGGAGAAGAGAGAGAACCAGCAUCAGGUUAAGCAUCUGGCCAAGGAGCUGGAGAGUAUUAAGACUAAGAGAGAGAUGCUGCAGAAGCAUGAAGGACGACAGAGAGAAGAACACAGACAGGAGCGUCAACAUUUCCAGGCUCAAGUAGAUGCUCUGGAGGUGGAGAAAGACAGACUGGGACAACAGAUAAACAGCCUGAUGGAGGACAAACAAAACCUGCUGCAGGUGAAGAUCUCUCUUGGACUGGAGGUGGCCACGUACAGAGCUUUGCUGGACAGUGAGGGCCCAAGAACCAAAAGACCAACAUUAAACAAGACCAACUCUGCUUUCCUUUUAGAUGCACUCUCAAAGCCCACUGGGACCCACCCAACCUCCCAGAUCAAUGCUGCUUCCUGCCAUUUCAGCAGUACCAUGGCUACAAGUCACAGAUCAAUCACCUCAUCUCAAACUCUGCUGACCGGUGCGACUCCAACAUGGACCCUGACUCGAGGGACCCCACAAAGAACACCAACCAAAAUCUCAGUGACAAACGAGACAAGGGUUAAUAUCCCUGAGGAGAUCGAGACAGCUGCAGAAGUGUCUGUAGAUCAUUUUAGGCCAGAGAAUGUCCAUGAUGACAUGUCCCUUGCAUCAACUUUCCUCCGAACAGUUGCAGACAGUGUCACUGCAGAACUUGAACCCAAACCAGAAGAUAGUGAAGUUCAGAAAGAGGAUGAACCAAAACAACCUCUGGCAGCUCAGUUGGUUGAAUCUAAAAUGGAUGAACCUGCAUUAAUAAGUGUGUCAACUGACCAACCAAGUAGCCUCUCUCAAACUCCAGAGACAGAAAGCUGGGCUGGUCAAUUCACAGAUCCUGCUGUAGUUUCAGAAGAAGGAAAGGAUGAAGACACAGAAGUAUCUGUGGAAAUGGCACAGAUCUCAUAUGCACCAAGGGUUGCUUGGGAGGAAAAUAAAAUCAUUGCAGAAGAUAAUAAAGAGGAUGCCUGUGAGAUGGAUGUAAGAUCACAGAACAUUAAUGAAAGUCACACAUUUGAUUAUGGAGAUGCAGAGAGUGAUAAUAAUGGAUUAACAUCCAGCCAGGUCAGAGAAAACACCAAUAACAUGGCUUCAUCUUUGCUUGAGCAAGGACCUUUAUAUUCUGUGGGUGGUUUAGGCUGUAUGGAAGAAAUAAAUGAAGAUUUAAAAAUAGCAGAUGAACAGGACAAUGCAAGCAAUAUUAAUGAGGAGCUGACAGAGCUAAUGAACAGUGAAACUGAAGCAGCGAUUGACUCUAUUGUUGAGUGGGACAGACAAGAAGAAGAUGAGGGAGAGAAUGAGAUGAAAGUCAUGAGUCUUGACUCUGAGAUGGAAGAUGAGGGUGAAAUGGGAAUUGACAGUGAGGUGGAGGAGGAGAAAAAGGGAACAGAGAAUGUGAUUGUGACUGAAAGAGAACAUGAAGAGAUUGAGGUGAUUGAGAGAGACAUUGCUGUGCAGGAGGAAAGCCUUCCUCAUACAGGAGAAAAAACUGUGGACCUGGAUCAUCAAAAAAGUCUAGAAAGUAUUGUACCACCAGUUGAACUCAAUUAUCAGACAAUAGAUGAAGACCGUUCUUUGUCUGAGGAAUAUGAGAGAGAAGAAGAAAACAAAGGUGAUGAAGAUGACUCCCCAGACAUCUUUGCCUCUUUGAGAACUGAUCCUGGUGAGUGUGACAGCUACACUAAGGAGAACACACUUGCAGACCCUCAUCCCUUGAUUUGUUAUAAGAGUGAUGAGGAAACAGAUAUUAACCCACAAGCCUCACAUGCUGGAGUCAGUAUGACUAGCGACAGUGAGGAUGAGAAAGACCGAAUGGAAGGAGGCCGGUGGGGUGAGAACCCCUCAGAAUGCUUCAACACCAUGGAGGAUCUCUCAGAAGAACCAGACAUGGAUGCCAUUGGAGAGAUAGUGACAGAAGAGAUUAUUCAGACAGAACAAACACUAGAUAAUGGGGAGCAUAUGAUUCUUCAGAGUGGACAUGAUGGCUCUGAAUGCCAUGAAAGUUUGGUGGUGGAAAAAGAAAAUGCAAGGUUUGAGCUCAAGGAAAACCAUGAAGAAGAGAGAGAUUAUAUUUUGAGAGAUAACGAUCAUGAUUACAAGGUUGAUGAGCAAAAUGAGAAGCCUCAACUGAGUGAAGAGCAGCAAAUUCAUCACACAGAACAGGCUAACCAGGUUGGUGAUGAAACAACCAAUUCAUAUACUAGUCAAGAAAAUGUCAACAUGGAACCAUUUUCAUGUUUUAACCAUCCAUCCUCAUUACCAUAUGUGCCAUUCCCUGAAACGUCCCAGCAGGUAGAGCCUGAAAGUUGCAUUGAAGUUUCAUCAACUACGACCCUGUUUCAAGACCCAUUUAUAACCAAAGAAUCACCCAUUAAAGAGGAAGAUGUCCAGAACAUGUCCAUGCACACCAACAUGGAUCUCAUGGAGAAUAUCUCUUUAGAGAGUGAGAUACAUAGUCAGCCGGAUAUGCCCAACUCUGACUUGGAAGAGUGCAAUAGCUCAGAAGAUGAGUCUCCAAAUGCCAGCCAGUGCUUUCAGAACCCAACCCUUUUAGCAACGUCUACUUACAAUGAACAAGUAUUAACCUUGGGAGGUCAGUUUUCUAAUGGUGUGGUCUCCAAGGCAGACAACGAUGUGCCUAAAGAAGUGUUCAGCAAGGACUUAAUGGAAAAGAGCACAGAAGACCAUAAAGCUUCUCAGAUUGAUGACAAAAGCACAAGCAUGCCAGCUGCAGAAGAGAUCAAUCACAGCAGUAUGGAUAGAAACAUGGGCCAACUUUCUCCAGGGCAUGAGACUGCGAAUUUGGGCAGUCCAAACAGAAUGCUGAGUGUAACUGAAAAAAUAUUUGGCAAUUUUGAAGAACAUCUUGAAAGGCCUGUGGAGAGCUUUACCAAAAAAGAAUCAAGUAUGAUAGAUAUUUUCAAAAGGAACAAUCCAGAGGAGGAUGAAUUCCAGUCAAUGGAAAAGGAAAGUGAGAUUCACAGCUUUUUUAGCUCUAGUUUGAAGGAGGAUUUCUGUAGCGAAGGAAAAACAGAGAUGGCAGCUACGUACAACCCAGCCCAAACUGAAAACUUUGCCCAUGAUCCCAUCCACUUAAACCAGGAUAUGGUCUUUGGAGAGGAGUGGAGAGAUUUGGGGGACACAACAACAGCAAAUGUAAAUACUAAAGAAGAGAUCCUCAAAAGCCAGUCAAAAGAUGAGAAGGUGCAGCAUAAGGUUGAACAGACAGGGCAUGAGACAGUCCAGUCUGAUGAUUCUAUUGAUGAUGGGGAUUCCUGGUCCUCUGGUGAUGAGUAACAGCUUUGUGGAAUGUUAGCUUGGUCCAAUGACAUGUUUUGAGCAGUUUAACACUAAACCAAAAACCUAGAAAAAAAGUAGUAAUGUCAUAUAGAUACUGUAGAUAGAGUGAUAGAUAGAUAUACAUAUUAUUAAAGGGAUUGUUCACCAAAAAUGAAAAGUCUGUCAUUAUUUACUCACUCAUGAUGUUCCAAAUCCAAAACGACUUUCUUUCUUAGGUGAAACACAAAAGGAGAUGUUAGAAAGAAUGUUAGGGACUGACAACCUCUGUAACCUUGGGGGAAUGGUAAGAUAUAAUUCUUCUUUGAUUUAUGCUUGUUGUUACACCUAAGUGGGUGUAAGGGGGCCCCCCAAGAGCUGUGAUUAAAUUUGAACCCUGCCUUUAAGCAGCAAUGGAAAAUUUUGCAGUGGGUAAAAAAAAAACCCCAGCAAAAUCAAACACUAAGUGCACCUUUAUACUGUAUAUCCACAGAAAUUAAACUUGACAAGACAGAGGGAAAUAUGUAUAAUGUGAUUUCUCAUUAAUGAGUUAACAGCCUGACAUAAUGUGCCAGCUGCCAUGGCAGCUGAAGAAAAAGGCAUUGUACUUCCUGAUGGCAAUGGGCAGAAGGAUCUUGAGUAGAGCUUUUUAGAGCUUUACUAUGAAGACCCAUGCCAUUUUUGUUGUUAGAUGUCCUAAUCAGACAAGCUUUUUGGUGAAAAAAAGAAAAGCAAAAAGCAAAAUACUUUGUGUAUUUGCAGAGAAAACUAUAUGAAAUCAAACAGACUUGUUAAAAUUGGAAAUCAUUAUUUAUAAAAAGUAAUAAAAAAGGUAA